AUGGCUUGGCUGCAAGAAGAAAUGAUUUUGAGGAAUGACUCCUUCAGUGGGUCUUCGACGGGGAAGCGGACUAACUUGGAUAAGAUCACGAUACUCGGUGUUGUAUCCAUUGUUGUCGGUCAUGCGAUGCUAGUAAACAACGAACAAUCAAGUUGGUGCCUCUUUGAUUAUUCUCUUCAUGUUCGUAGUAGUCCGGAUCAGAAGGGUGAGAAGGUGGAUACCAUGUCCACGUCGAAUCUGAUUGUUCUUGAACUUCUUUCAUCGACAUUUGAUAACUAUGAAGAUUGGAAAGUCACAAUGCAGAGCUACUUGAAGGGGGAAGGUCUUUGGGGUAUAAUCCAGGAAAAUGAAACUGAUGGAAUGACGCAGGAGAUGAAUGCUAAAGCUCUGCAUGCAAUUCAAAUUUCAUGUGCUCCAGAGAUUCUCUCGUUAAUUAAAGAGAUCGAGUCAGCUAAGGAAGCAUGGGAAUUUUUGGAAAAAGAGUAUAACAUGAAUUGGGAGUACAUAAACACUUACAUUGAAACUCAAAAUAAAUUGAAGGAACAAGAAGAUGUUGGGAAGCACAUUUAUUUACACACAUCACUAUACAUUGCUGCCUUGAAUGGUGACUGGGAAAGUGCCAAGCAGGUUUUGGAUAGGGAUAGAGACGCCGUGCAUGCUCCGUUAAACAAAAACAAGAAUACGGUUCUCCACAUUGCAGUUUCGACAGCCAGCACAAAGUUUGUGAGGAACCUGAUCACCAAUUAUAUGUCAAAAGAAGACUUGAAACAAAAGAACUUUUACGGAUGUACUGCUCUUCAUUUUGCUGCGGCAUGGGGUAGGCUUGAUAUGGUCAAGUUAUUGCUGGACAACAAUCCUGGCUUGUUACCCAUCCGCUCUGACGAUUCCUCCACCGCGCUCACCGAAGCUAUACGUGACAAUCACAAACAUGUAUCUUCGUUUCUCUACUAUGAGUCCGCGACUCAUCAAACUCCACCUCCCGAGGAUGGCAUUCACCUAAUCUAUUCCAUUGUAGCGGGAAACUACGAUUUAGCUUUGGAUAUCACACGAAGCUUGCCAGGACUUAGCACCAACGACCCUCAAUUGAAAUCAUUAUUGGAGAAAGCCCUGCUUUCUUUGACAGGAAGACAUCAGGACUUUAAAAGUGGGGCUCGGCUUGGAUUUUUGGAGAGACAAAUCUAUCAUUGGAUUCACGUUGGAUCUCGUUCCAUUUCUGGGAACGAGGCAGAUGAGCAGCACAAUGGCUCCCCGCAAGGGAUCUACCUUGUCAUCAUGACAAGAGUGCUCCAGAGCGUGGAACAACUAUUGUUGAAGAUCCCUCAAGUGUUGGAUGUCAAGAAGCUGCGUGACAUGAAGAUCAAGCAUAAACAAGCACCUCGACUACUCAAAGAACUUUUCAGUCGAGUCCUGGAGCUAAAUGAUCACUUUAAGAUUGAGGAAUCACUUGGGCCAUCACUAGUCUGUGCUGCAGAGAAUGGGAUCAUUGAGUUCUUCAUCGAAGCUCUCCACUCUUAUCCUCUUCUGCUACGGUAUAGAGAUAAUGAUCUGAGCAGUUUACAACGCAUUGCAAUCACGAAUCGGCAAGAGAACAUCUUCAGAUUCUUUAAAAAGUUGCCCACUUGGGAUGGAGAGGGGUUAUCACUUGAUGCUUCUAUGAACACAAUGUUGCAUUUGGUAGGAGAGUUAGCACCUUCCAAUCGCCUCAACCUUAUUCCUGGAGCAGCCCUACAAAUGCAGAGAGAGCUCCAAUGGUUUGUGGAAGUGGAGAAGAUGGUGCCUCCAUAUUUUAGAGAAUAUAAAAAAAAGAAAGGAAUGACAGCGUAUACAUUAUUUAGCAAAGAGCAUAAAGAGUUGGUUAGCGAGGGAGAGAAAUGGAUGAAAGAAACAGCAGCUUCAUGCACAAUUGUAGCUACUCUUGUCAUCACAAUAAUGUUUGCUGCAGCCUUUACCGUGCCAGGUGGCAACAAAGAGAGCGAAGGUGUCCCCCUUUUGUUGCGUACCAAACCCUUCAUGGUAUUCGUGAUAUCAGAUGCAUUAUCUCUGUUUUCUUCCACAACUUCAGUGCUCAUGUUCCUUUCCAUUCUUACUUCUCGCUACACAGAAGAAGCCUUUCUGGAAUCUCUGCCUAGAAAGCUAAUACUUGGACUUGUUACACUCUUUGUCUCUCUAGCUGCUAUGAUGGCAGCAUUCUGUGCCACCAUUUUUAUCUUGCUCGAUGGUCACUUAAGAUGGAUUUCCAUUGUGCUGGCUUCAUUUGCUUCCUUUCCGGUGACUAUGUUUUUGUUAUUGCAACUUCCUCUCUUCGUCGACAUGGUGCGCUCCACAUAUUUUUCCAAUAUCUUUGAAUGA